GUAAUUUUAGGUGGAGGUUUUGUUAACUCUUAUGAACACACCUUGUACGUAGUAGCAAACAAAAUAUUUUUUGGGAAGGAAUUAAUGAAUCAGUCACUCUUAUUGGUUCUAUAAUUCCGAAUCCUAUACAUGUAAAUUGAUUGUAGUUAGCAGCAGCAAUUAUAUUAUAUGAUUCUAAAACAAACACGAAUAACUUACUACACACAAUGCAACAAAAUUGUGUUGCAAACAUAUUUUAGGGUUCCUUUUCGGCAAUACAACAAUGGGCAAGAAAAAGAUGAAGACGGCACCGAUUGAUCUUGUUGCCAAACAUUCUCAACAGCCAAGAAGUUACCCUCCUAAACGCCGCACUGAUUUCUCUUUUUUCAAUCGUAUUCCUCCUAUUGAAUCCUCACCUGGCUCAUCUUCCGGUGAAGUGAGAUUGUCCAAUGUCACAGCAAACAGUUCGCUGGAGAGGAGAAUGACGGUUAAACAAUUUUCUAAUGAUGCCCUGGUUCGAUGCAACAACUACCAAGAUGGUAGACCAGUCUGUUCAUCUGAGUCUUUUGAUGUUCGAGUUGCAGAAUUGGAUUCAGUUUACCUUUCCGGAAACAGGGAUGCUUGUACUAAGAUGUCAGAAUCUACCCCACGUGAAUCAUCUGUCAGUGAUAACAGUUCUCUUGCUGUAACACCUGGAACUGUUGUAUGGGCAAGAACAGCUUGUCAAAUGUGGUGGCCUGCUGAGAUCAUGGAAGAAAGCUGUGCAUUAUCUGACCGUGUUAAUGAUGGAAAUGUUUUAGUGCAGUUUUAUGGAAAUCAUCCUAGUGCUUGGAUUGAUCCCGCCACAGAUAUUUCAAUUUUUGAGGAUUCUUUUGAAGAAAGGAGCAAUAACCCUUCAAGUGAUUUUCAAGAUGCUCUAAAGCAAGCCCUGCAAAGGAAGACACAACUUAGUUCUUGCCAAAAUCUGAGUCCUGAUAGGUCUACUUACUCCAACCAGCAAGAUCGUUCAGCUGGUAAAUGCACUUCACCUAGCUCGAGCAGAACAAUCAACGAUUUUCAAGAGAAGCGGAGAGGGAAAAGGGAACGUAAACCCAAGGUUCAUUUUGAUGAGGUUACGCAUCCAAUGAAAUCAGAAACGAAGGAUAGGCGGUUAAAGAUAAUGCGGUACCUUGGCCUUGCCCCUCCAGUUGGGUCUCCUUUUUGACCAUGAUUAUGAAUGAAGUUGUUAAUUUUUCAAGAGGAGUGCUAUCAACACACUCUUCUAAGACACUUUUCAACACGCGUUAUCUAAUUGGUUGAAAUUCGAACGGGUCUUACUAAAUCAUGUAGGUCCCACAUAAAUUUGGCGGAACCAAUCUAAUAUUCAUAGUUGCUUCUAUUGUUUUACUUCACACGCCAUUACCAUAGUAACAACACUUUUUUUCCGGAUUAUCUACUCUCAUUGUUUCAUUAUAUGUAAAAAUUCUAUUAUUCUUAUGAUGGCAUAAAGGAAUAUCACCAGUUAUUAUCCAAUAAAAGUUGCACUUAGCA